UAGUGCUGAGAAAGUUAUUAGUUAUAGGCACUAUUAGUUUUCAUAAUACUAAAAUAAUUCUUAUCAUCUUGUAAUAUCUAUAUUCUUGACUAAAUAUAUUUUGUAACAAAUCACUGUUCAAUUAGUUUCACAUUGAAGUGACUUGAUUUGAUACUCGUUUGCAAGACGACUGUUACGACUGGCGAAUACGCGACAAACUGUUAUCAGUCUUCUCUCUUCUGUGCUAGUGAAUCUCAUGGAGGGGCAAUAAAGCGAUAGCGCGACAAUAUAUAAGCUUGCACAUUCGUCUCUGCCAUCAGUUUGAUAUUCUCUCACGUUUAUGUUUUGCUCUAGAGUUGUACAAUUCUGAUCACAUCGUACUUUCAUUUCGAACAUUUGAGAUAAUUAAGAAAAAAAGAAGUUAUACGGUAAAUAAAUAACCAUAGAUUUUUCCGCGUGCUUAUAAAGGAGUUAAUCUGGACGCAGCGUUCAUUCACUACUACAGUUCAAUCAGCAAAAAUUCAUCGUGUUUCAUCCUCGAACUCUAAUUGCGAUUUUUACGUCUUCUUCCUCUUCCUCUUCGACGCAUCAUCUCCACCGUUAGAAAGCGUGGCAGCAACACGCAACCAAAAAAGAUGGGAUUCUCUUAGCAUUGAUUGAACCGUUUCCGCAAUAACUAUCGAUUAAGUUGCGCAUUUAUCUUCUAAAUAAAUCGAACUAAUAAAUUGAACUUGAGAUAUUUUCAACCGUUAUUAGACGAACUCAAAGUUACGAAAACUGUUUCCGGAAGUGUGACGGCAGUGUUUUAUAAUUCGUUCACCGUGAUCGUCCAGCCCAGUUAUGCUCUCGAUCAAGUACAGCAAGCAAUUCCUGAGCUACCGUAUACUCAAGUCCAAUCGGUUCAAAUACAUUUGACGAUACGGACUCGGACUACGUGGUAGAGGGUGUGCGCAAGGUGGUGUGUGUGUGUAUUGUACUGCGGGCGACUUGUCGUACCUACGGUGUUCACGAAAGCAGAGACGAGGGUGCCCCAACAAGACCUGGAAAGUCUUGUGCUAAAAUCCAAUGGCCGAAUCGUUUUGCACGACGACGCGAGCUUAAUUAAAGAAAUACGUCGGACGGGAACGACGCGACAGGAAACUGACGUCAUCGAAAAUCGCUAGUGAGGCGAAUCUUUCGAAGGCAAGGAGCAUAGAACUUGGAAAAAAAAAGAUAAUUGUAAAACAAAUUGAAUUGGUAAUGACAAUUGACAAUUUCGUCAUCGAGGAUAUUUUUAAUCAAAAAGAAGAUAUAAUUUUUGGAAUAAUUUUGCGAAAAAAUCGAUAUAGCGGAGAAAAUCUGAUUGGUAACGAGAAAUUAUUUUAUUAAUAAAAGAAGUUUCGGGCAAAAGAUUGACAAUCAAGAUUAUAAAAUUGUGGCAAGCCAUGAAAGACUGUGACAGUUAAUGAUUUCGUUAUUGAAAGGAUUGUUAAAAAGGAAAUUGAAUAUUUGUCACUAGCGAGACAAAAAAGUUCUGAGACUCCCUUUGAGGAACAGACAGAUUUUAUCUAACGACAGCGCUAAAAAAAAUACGCUUAUGUAUGUAUGUCAGCUUGUGAAAGAUCGUUAAAGCAAAGAUAAAGAAAGAGCGACAAAAUUAAAGUUAAAUAAAUAGAAAACGAAAUCAUUCGGAAAUUCUUUGAGAGAGACGCAUCGAACGCGACUAUACGUGUACAUUCACGUAUACAAUACACGUCUGCAUAAAACGCGAAUUAAACAGUCAUUAAUUAAAACGACGAUCGAGCAAAAUCUGCACGUCUUUGGUGAAAUUGGCGAAUUGGUUGAAGUCGGGGGCGAAAAAAAUGAAAAAAAUGAUCGUUUAUGUUCCGGGCAGAAUGCCAACUCACGUUGGUCCCUACGGCGCCGCUCGUUACCCGGGCACCCUGCUAGGAGCUGUCCCGGGUUUUUACAGCCCGGUUUCCGGCUACUCCACCGGCCCGGUCUCGAGCUACUACGGGAGCUUUCAGCCACCGCUGGACCUUCCGGUUUGGCCGCGGAGGAUGCCGGCCGAGGAGGAACUAGGUGCCUCGCCGGCCGCCGGUUUGACCGGACUGGGGGUGUCUCCGAGCACCGGCGGUCCUCCGAGUCCGGCGCACAGCGACUCGGAUGCGUCCAGCUCGAGUUUGGAACUGGGUACUAUCAGGACCGGCGAAAACGCCCAAUUAAAAUGCAGAUGGCAAGAUUGUGGUCGAUGGUUCACGUCCCUGGAGCAACUUGCAGGACAUGUUGGGAGAUUGCACGCGGCGCCUGGUCCGCGGGGUCUGUUUUAUUGUGGAUGGGAAGGAUGCGCAAGAGGCGAGCGUGGGUUUAACGCGAGGUACAAGAUGCUGGUCCAUGUACGGACACACACGAAUGAGAAGCCGCAUCAUUGCUUUCAGUGCGACAAGAGUUUCAGCAGAGCAGAGAACUUGAAAAUUCAUGCACGUUCUCAUACUGGCGAACGUCCUUACGUCUGUCCCGUCGAGGGUUGCAACAAAGCUUACUCGAAUUCCUCAGAUAGAUUCAAGCAUACUAGAACUCAUUCCGUAGAUAAGCCAUAUUAUUGCAAGGUUCCGGGUUGUCCGAAGAGGUACACCGAUCCAUCGUCUUUAAGAAAGCACGUCAAGACUUAUCGCCACUAUGUGAACAACAAUGACAAGGUGCAGGAGAAGAGCUUUGAUGAUAGCAACAUUCAGGAGAAAAGAUUCGAUGCUAAUUCGCCUGACAAGCAGAGCAGCAGUGCGCAUUCCGAGUCGGAUAAGAAGGACUCGAGUAUCGAGAGUAGCAUGUCGGGUUGCAGUCCAAAGACUAGCAACAGCUUCGAGGAACAGAGGAACUUUGUCGAGUGGAAUAACAUGUACAACCUCCAGGAACAACGAAAAGAACAGGAGCAAGUCACCCCACCGAAGCCGUACGAGCAGGAUAUAAAGAUUUAUCCCAGGAUGUACGAUGAAAAUUAUAUUAUACCGGACAGGAUUCAAGUAAAUCCCAUGUACUCUGCUGGUAGCACUAUUAUCAAGGAUUGCUCUGUAGCUUCAUCGUCGCCUCAUACGAGUCCAGGUCGAGUGUCCGAUUCGUUGCCGCGUAUUGGAAUGCAAUCGACGCCCAUUAAAACCGAGGAACCCAUGGAGUACAGUGUUACCAAGACCACUACGGUAGAUUAUAGAAACAUCGAGUCGAUCGUCAACAGUACACCUUGCAAAAAGGAGAAUACAGUCAAUUGCGAUCCAGUGAGGCAUUCGGUAAUCAAGCGCGCGGAGGAUCUAAAGAUGGAAAUGGAACAGACGCCGCUUAAAGAGGAAUUGAAAAAUACCAAUGUCGACUGUUGCUGCCGGCAUAAGUGUUGUGUCCACAGCAAUGACAGCAUCUUGCAGAAGACGAAAAUUCUCUCAGAUCUAAUUCUUAAGACACAAAAUCCGCUCUUUCGACAUCUAUUGGGUUCAGUAGAUUUGCAGUAUGGGCUAGAAAAUAUGUGGAGUAAUAUCGUGGAUACUAAUAACACAUGCGGCCAAGACCUCAGAGUAAAAAAUGAGAACGUCACCGAGAUGGAGCAAGAUUUGCCACUGGACUUGACGAUCAACAAAUAACGAAUAAUUAGCUGUCAACAUACCAAAAAUCUCGUAUUUUGUCAAAUAAAUUUUAUUUUUAUCAAUUGACAAAAUAUGAAUUAAAUGAAAACAUCAUGUGAAUUUUAGACAUCAAUCAGUCAAUCAAUAUAAUACGAUUAAUUGAACGAUAAAGAAUAAUUAAUAUAUCAUUUGAGAACUUUCGAUCGCAUAUUGAGAAACCAAAUAUAUUUUAAAAUCUAAUAAUACAAGAAAAAUGACCAGAUAAAAACAAUUCAAGAUUGGACAAGAAUUUGCUCAAUCCGUAGUUGUGUAGAAAUAGUUGCACUAAUCAAACUAUUCAUUAGAGAUAUAAUUGGACUUGUAAAUGCAACUCGACAACCUUAUAAUCAAUUCAAUCAAUCACUUGGAAACGAUGUUCCCGCUUUCAAAUUUGUCAUUAAAAUCG